UUUAUUCCGUGCGCCGAAAGAGGUCCACCGCAAAGGAAGAAGAGGGAGAGAAACGGGGACAAGAGGAGGCAUCGCGAUGUCGGCGGAGACGGAGAAGACCGCCGCCGCGCCGGCGCCGGCGGCCCCGCCGCUACGGUGCCAGCGCAUAGGCUGCGAUGCCAUGUUCACCGACGACGACAACCCUGACGGCUCCUGCCACUACCACCCCAACGGACCUAUGUUUCAUGAUGGCAUGAAAGAGUGGAGCUGUUGCAAGCAAAGAAGCCACGAUUUUAGCUUAUUUUUGGCUAUUCCUGGAUGUGCCACAGGGAAGCAUACAAGUGAAAAACCAGUCACGAAAGCUGUUUCUCUUAACACCCCAAAGGCAGCUCUCCCAAAGGCAGCUCCAAUCCAGUCUUCUAACCAGGGUGUGGAAUCUGGGGCCUGCUCAAGGUGCCGUCAGGGUUUCUUUUGUUCUGACCAUGGAUCGCAGCCCAAGCCACAAAAACAAGUUGCUGUAAAUGGUACAAAUGCGGAACCUAUUGAGAAAUGCUCGGUUCCACUGCCCAAGAAAAAAGUUGAUCUGAAUGAGCCAAGGCUUUGUAAGAAUAAAGGAUGCGGCAAAACCUACAAGGAGAAGGAUAACCACGAUGCUGCGUGCGAACACCAUCCAGGGCCUGCAGUUUUCCAUGACAGGAAGAGGGGGUGGAAAUGUUGUGAUAUUCAUGUCAAGGAGUUUGACGAAUUUAUGGAGAUACCUCCUUGCGCAAAGGGGUGGCACAAUGCCGAUGCCGUGUGACGCUACUUGGCAAUAAGAUACUGUCCAGCGUAAUGGUAUUUGUUGUAGUAUCUCCUAGUGCAUAAGAUUGGCAUAUUGCCACGAUUUCUGGAGAACUACGAUUGGAAGUGUGAUUUGAUGUUUGAGAAUAGGCUGGUUGAGUGUGGUACUGAGUAAUUAAAUCUCAUAUGAUGUUUCAUGUAAUCUGGAAUCGGAACUUGAAACCAUAUGACGAGACUUGAUUUAAUUGUUCUACAAAGGGAGUUAAUUAGACUUGAA